AUGUUCUCCGUUACAGUAUUCGCUCUGUUUUUUCUAGACUCUGAGUUGCAGCGAGAUCGCCAACGUGCGCCUAGGUUAGCAAUCAGCGAUGACGACGAUUCAAUGAGUGAAGCCGAGGAUGUACGGCCUACGCUUAUGAGCAAACCUAGAAUGGCCCAGGCACCACAGAGACAAAGACAGGAUCACAAUCCCCCGCGGCGAGCCCAGCCCACAGAACGCCGACGGACCGACGACGAUCGCCACAGCGAUAGACACAAGGACCGGUCACUCACGCCCGAAUACAUCGACCACGAACCACCACAACACCGGCAACCGUCGAACGCCAUACCACGGGCACGCACACAGGCACAGGCGCAGCCACAGGGAAGUGGCCGUGGUAAUGUGAAGCAAACGCGAGGUAUGCCAGGCGAUCACGACACGAGACAUUCGAGGGACAACAAACAGCUAAGCAUGCGAGAAAAGCGUGAGAAAGAGCGAGAGAUGAACAGAGAGCGCCGACGUGUUGGUGCAGCUAAUGUGGGUGACCGGGGGAGAGUGUUCUUGCAGCAGAUGGAAAGCCAGUUCCGCAGUAGCCGGAAUAUGGUAAAUAGAGGCGAUCGAGGAAGCUUCUCUCCCAGAGCCCGCUCGCCGGAGCGCGCGCGGGGACGCACAGUACACGAAGAACGCGAAUUUCAGCGCGAGAUGGCCAGACAGAAAAAGCUGAGUGAAGAAAUGAAGCACAUGGCCACCAUGAGUGGAAAGGGCGCGAAUUCCCGCGUGACAAAGCCUGCGCAGAAGCAAGGCGCGAUUGCCCGCCUGCAAGCCGCCAACAGCAACAAGAAUCUGCCCACGAAUCUGAAGAAGCAAAUACCCGCGCCAGAGGUCAAGGGCCUUGCCGGCCGCAUCCAACGUCAGCCACUUUCUACUCGACUCGGCCCCCGACCUGAAAUCAAGCGCCUGGCCCAGGCAGCAGCCGCGGGUAAGGCGGUGCUACAGGCACGUACAGCCAAACCACUCGCACAGCAGCAGCCACGUACAGCUAUUGCCCCCAAGAAUGUGAAGCAGAAACCUGCGCCAAAGGCUCCUGUGGCGAAUACAAGGGAGAAAACUGUCAAACCGAAUCUGUCUAAGGCCGAACUGGACGCGGAGAUGGACAAGUUCAUGGCCACCGCCAAGUUAGGUAACACCGAAGUGGUUUGGGAUCUCUAGAUGUGCCAAAACGGCGGCAUAAUCCGAUUUACUCGGCGUAAUCCGAUUCAAAUUGGCGCGGGCGAGCUAUCGAACGGAUACAUUGCGUAGGUUUAGCCGAGCCGGGUACUGCGGAAGACUUAUUGCGAAGACGAGAUAGAUAUACGUUUCGAAUACAAUACGGAUACGGGUGGUAUACGUUUGGCUGGUAUUGUGUGGGCCCAAGAGACGGCCCCAACAUAUACUCACAGCUACACGGCACCGACGGCAACUGGUGCGAAGCUUGACUGCCAUUGUUCUCCACUAUUUAGUGACUUCGCUGUAGGGGCCAGCUGUCCUGGGCCUGGCAUUUAGGGCCGGAAAUGCCCUGGAAAGUGCCGCGCAGAGAAUUAUCCACUUCCCCCGACGAAUUAUUUUUAGGAUGCUCAUCUCAUAAACGAUAGAUUCCGUGGUAGCACCAGUAAUGUGGCAACCUCCUAGCAUUCCGGCACUGUACACUUACAUAAAUUCUCAAAACUUACAAACACG